AUGCCAAUCUCAGCUCUGCCUCAAUCAACUGUCCGCCUUCUAGGCUCCUCAGUCAUCAUAUCCAAGCCCUGCGACGUGGUCAAGGAACUCCUGGACAAUGCCAUCGACGCGGGAGCUAGCUUUGUUGAAAUUGCAAUCUCGCCCAAUCAUCUCGAUACGAUACGAGUCCGUGACGACGGCCAAGGAAUCGACAUUGAGGAUUUCGAUGCUCUUGGUAAACGUACCCAUACCAGCAAGUUGCGAGCUUUCGAUGAGCUUGGGUCGAGGGCUAGGGAGACGCUGGGCUUUCGCGGUGAGGCGCUUGCGGCCAUGAAUUGUCUCGCUACCAUAACUGUUACAACCCGAACGGUCAAGGAUGUUGUAGCGACACGUUUGCAGCUCAAGCCAAAAGUUGGAGGUGUUGAUUACAAACAACCAGUAUCGGCUCCUGUUGGUACAACCGUUCAGAUCACCAAGCUCUUCGAAAUCCUGCCCGCCAGAAAGCAAUAUUCUUUGAAGAACAGCGCCAAAUACAUACAAUCUACAAAGGAUCUCUUGAAUGUUUGCGCCCUUGCCCGACCUGACCUUAGACUGUCAUUCAAGGUUCUUGGAGAAGCUACCCACUGCUGGUCAUACGCCCCAGUUUGUGCCGCAGGAGUCAAGGAGGCCGCUCUGCAGUUAUUCGGAACUACUUUGACGACAUCUCCUCAGCUCAAUCAGCAGCUCCCCGAAGAUUUCAUAUUGGAAGCUCUCAUCCCAAAACCCGGUUUUGAAGUCCAAGCUGUCAAGGGAAAAGGGCUUUAUCUAUCCAUCGAUUCAAGGCCCAUCUCAUCUCAUGAUGCCGUGGCUAAAAAGAUUAUGGCCAUUUAUAAGCCAUAUCUGAACCGGGCUGCUGGCACUGGAGAGCCUUGUGCUAGCAUACCUAACCCAUUUGUACAACUCAAUAUUCGGUGUCCCCCUGACAGCUACGAUGUAAAUGUGACACCGCUUAAGGAUGAAGUUGUUUUUGUGAACGAAGGUGCCAUCACGGCCUGUUUUGAGGGACUUUGCCGAAAGAUAUACCCUCAAAGAUCCAUCAAUGGUCCCGUUUCAACACAGAGACCCUUGGGGUAUGAGGAGGAGGUUAGGGCAUCAACGAAAGAUAGAAAUGAAAGCGAGGGUGUCCAGCCAUGCUCGUCGAUCGACCGCCUGCCAGAUGCUCCGACCCCAGACUCCUCCUCGAAUACCCAAUCACUACACAGCGCAGAGCAUCUAACUAAGCUCCAGGGAUCAACAAGGGAUCAAACAGUCGACCAAGAGAGUGCGCCUACGCUAUUGUCCGAACAAUCUUGCACACAGAGCGCAACCUCGUUGGCAAGAAUGAGGACAUGCAAAACUGUUAAUAUGUUCCGAACCAACAGCAACUCUACUGAUGAGGACAGCGCGGCCGAUAGAGUUGAGAUACAGGUGCCCCAGUCGUCUAUGACCGCGACUAUUCCCUCUAGCAAACGGGCCGGUGGGAGCUUACGAAUUUCCAAUAAGUCUGCAUCAGAAAAUAUUGAAAAAUAUCUCCUCCCGAGCAAGGAUACAACUUUCCAAAUAGCGACGGAUGAGACGGCUACCAAGAGAACCCAACAGGCUUCUGUGACAUCAACAUCACCCACGAAGUUCCCCGACCGCAUACCUUUACAACCUUUGACUGAUUCCACGUUAAAUGCGAUGAAUGGCCAAGAAGACUCGGAAUCUGAUACUUUAAGCGCUGAAUCAGAUAUAUCAGAACCAAAUAACAACACGCGGAGCAUUGUUGCUACCAAUCCGACAGAUCGAAUAUUUCAACGAACAUCUCUCAAUCCCACAAUGUCGCCUUCCGACUCUGAGGCCCCGGGGUAUGGCUCUCCGCAUCAGUCGAGAAAUAUUACGGAAUGGCCAACGCCUCCUGCGUCUGACUCGCAUCCAACGGCCAACGGUCAAGGUGAUCCGAGUGCGGGUGACGGUGUCUCAACGGUUCAGAUGCCCGAUACUAUCUCACCGGCUGCCUUAGUUCGCUAUGAACCACGGGAUGUCACUCCCUCUGAUAAUCAAAAUGACAACAUAGAAGAUUCUCGGCUUUAUCUUAUCAAGCGGCGACGCUCACAAGCGAGACAUGGCAUUGCGAGGCGAAUCUCAUCUCGUCGGCUUCCCCUCGAGGUGGUUUCUAAUCACUUGACGAUGCGGAAUGCUUCCACUUCGCUCAGGCCUCCGGUGGGAAAGGUCGCUGAGUCAUUGUUUAUACGAGCCGAUAAGCUAGACCACAGCGCUAGGAAAGGUGAAUGGGGAUACGCAGUAGAGUUUGAAAGCAUGGGAGAGGUUACCAAGCUGGAACAACGUCUCCACAAUGUUGUGGAAUCGUGGAAACAAACCCAGAAUCAGCCUGUUGAAGUGGAAUAUAAGCUACGAUCGGCAGCAAAGGGCAAGGGCAAGGAGAUGAGUGAUGAGUCGUUGACUGUACUACAAUACUGUGAGCGCUGGUGCUUAGAUCAGGGCUAUUUGUUGAAGCAAGAUGAUGUGUAA